GAACAGUCAUUUCCUCGCAGAAUAAUUGGCUUAGGGAGAAAGAGACACGGAAAACAAAACAAGUUCAUGUACAGCUUGGUCUGGCUACACCCCUUUUCCAGAAACCAGGCUGUGUAAGAGCUGCUGGAGUAGGCACCCAUUUAAAGAAAAAAUGAAGAAGCAGCAAUAAAGAAGUUGUAAUCAUUACCUAGACAAACAGAGAACUGGGUUUGACAGUGUUUCUAGAGUGCUUUUUAUUAUUUUCCUGACAGUUGUAUUCCACCAUGAUUACUUUCUCCUUCAGUGAAUAGGCUAAAUGAAUAUGAAACAGAAAAGUGUGUAUCAGCAAACUAAAGCACUUCUGUGCAAGAAUUUUCUGAAGAAAUGGAGGAUGAAAAGAGAGAGCUUAUUGGAGUGGGGACUCUCAAUAAUUCUAGGACUGUGUAUUGCUCUGUUUUCCAGUUCCAUGAGAAAUGUCCAGUUUCCUGGAAUGGCUCCUCAGAAUCUGGGAAGGGUAGAUAAAUUUAAUAGCUCUUCUUUAACGGUUGUGUAUACACCAAUAUCUAAUUUAACCCAGCAGAUAAUGAAUAAAACAGCACUUGCUCCUCUUUUGAAAGGAACAAGUGUCAUUGGGGCACCAAAUAAAACAUACAUGAAUGAAAUACUUCUGGAAAACUUUCCAUAUGCUAUGGGAAUCAUCUUUAAUGAAACUUUCUCUUAUAAGUUAGUAUUUUUCCAGGGAUAUGACAUUCUACUUUGGAAAGAAGAUUUCUCAGCUCAUUGCUGGGAUGGAUAUGGUGAGUUUUCAUGUAAAUUGACCAAAUACUGGAAGAGAGGAUUUGUGGCUUUACAAACAGCUAUUAAUACUGCCAUUAUAGAAAUCACAACCAAUCACACUGUGAUGGAGGAGUUGAUGUCAGUUACUGCUAUAACUAUGAAGACGUUACCUUUCAUAACUAAAAAUCUUCUUCACAAUGAGAUAUUUAUUUUAUUCUUCUUGCUUCAUUUCUCCCCACUUGUAUAUUUUAUAUCGCUCAAUGUAACAAAAGAGAGAAAGAAGUCUAAGAAUUUGAUGAAAAUGAUGGGUCUCCAAGAUUCAGCAUUCUGGCUCUCCUGGGGUUUAACCUAUGCUGGCUUCAUCUUUAUUAUUUCCAUAUUCAUUACAAUUAUCAUAACAUUCACCAAAAUUAUAGUCAUGACUGGCUUCAUGGUCAUAUUUAUACUCUUUUUCUUAUAUGGCUUAUCUUUGGUAGCUUUGGUGUUCCUGAUGAGUGUGUUGUUAAAGAAAGCUGUCCUUACCAAUUUGGUUGUGUUUCUCCUUACCCUCUUUUGGGGAUGUCUGGGGUUCACUGUAUUUUAUGAACAACUUCCUUCAUCUCUGGAGUGGAUUUUGAGUAUUUGUAGCCCUUUUGCCUUUACUGCUGGAAUGACUCAGAUUAUCAAACUGGAUUAUAACUUGAAUGGUGUAAUUUUUCCUGACCCUUCAGGAGACUCAUAUACAAUGAUAGCAACUUUUUCCAUAUUGCUUUUGGAUGGUUUCAUCUACUUGCUAUUGGCAUUAUACUUUGACAAAAUUUUACCCUGUGGAGAUGAGCGCCAUUAUUCUCCAUUAUUUUUCUUGAAUUCAUCAUCUUGUUUCCAACACCAAAGGACUGAUAAUAAGGUUAUUGAGAAAGAAGUUGAUGCUGAGCAUCCCUCUGAUGAUUAUUUUGAACCAGUAGCUCCUGAAUUCCAAGGAAAAGAAGCCAUCAGAAUCAGAAAUGUUAAGAAAGAAUAUAAAAGAAAGUCUGGAAAAGUGGAAGCAUUGAAAGGCUUGCUCUUUGACAUAUAUGAAGGUCAAAUCACGGCAAUUCUGGGUCACAGUGGAGCUGGCAAAUCUUCACUGCUAAAUAUUCUUAAUGGAUUGUCUGUUCCAACAGAAGGAUCAGUUACCAUCUAUAAUAAAAAUCUCUCUGAAAUGCAAGACUUGGAGGAAAUCAGAAAGAUAAUUGGUGUCUGUCCUCAAUUCAAUGUUCAAUUUGACAUACUCACCGUGAAGGAAAACCUCAGCCUGUUUGCUAAAAUAAAAGGGAUUCAUCCACAGGAAGUGGAACAAGAGGUACAACGAAUAUUACUGGAAUUGGACAUGCAAAACAUUCAAGAUAACCUUGCCAAACAUUUAAGUGAAGGACAGAACAGAAAGCUGACUUUUGGGAUUGCCAUUUUAGGAGAUCCUAAAAUUUUGCUCUUAGAUGAACCAACUACUGGAUUGGAUCCUUUUUCCAGAGAUCAAGUGUGGAGCCUCCUGAGAGAGCGUAGAGCAGAUCAUGUGAUCCUUUUCAGUACCCAGUCCAUGGAUGAGGCUGACAUCCUGGCUGAUAGAAAAGUGAUCAUGUCCAAUGGGAUACUGAAGUGUGCAGGUUCUUCUAUCUUUUUGAAAAGAAGGUGGGGUCUUGGAUAUCACCUAAGUUUACAUAGGAAUGAAAUAUGUAAUCCAGAACAAAUAACAUCCUUCAUUGCUCAUCACAUCCCCGAUGCUAAAUUAAAAACAAAAAACAAAGAAAAGCUUGUAUAUACUUUGCCAUUGGAAAGGACAAACAUAUUUCCAGAUCUUUUCAGUAAUCUGGACAAGUGUUCUGACCAGGGAGUGACAGGUUAUGACAUUUCCAUGUCAACUCUAAAUGAAAUCUUUAUGAAACUGGAAGGACAGUCAACUAUCGAACAAGAUUUCGAACAAGUGGAGAUGAUAAGAGACUCAGAAAGCCUCAAUGAAAUGGAGCUGGCUCACUCUUCCUUAUCUGAAAUGCAGACAGCUGUGAGUGACAUGCGCCUCUGGAGAACACAAGUCUUUGCCAUGGCGCGGCUCCGUUUCUUAAAGUUAAAACGUCAAACGAAAGUGUUGUUGACCCUAUUAUUGGUAUUUGGAAUCGCAGUGUUCCCUUUGAUUGUCGAAAAUAUAAUGUAUGCUAUGUUAAAUGAAAAGAUCGAUUGGGAAUUUAAAACCGAAUUGUAUUUUCUGUCUCCUGGACAACUUCCUGAGGAACCCCGUACCAGCCUGUUGAUCAUCAAUAACACAGAUAAUUUUGUCUUCAAUUUGCUGAUGGGGAAAUUUCAGUUAGUGGAGUUUAAAAGUCUCCCUGACAAGGAGACACUGUCAGUUUAUGAUGAAGAAGCAAAGGAAGAUCGGGCACGGUGGCUCACACCUGAUUAUAGAUUUUCAGUUGUGUGUAAUACCAAGAGAUUGCACUGUUUUCCGAUUCUUAUGAAUAUUAUCAGCAAUGGGCUACUUCGAAUGUUUAAUCACACACAACGUAUUCAAAUUGAGUCAAGCCCAUUUCCUCUUAGCCACAUGGGACUGUGGACUGGGCUGCCGGAUGGUUCCUUUUUCUUAUUUUUGGUUCUAUGUAGCAUUUCUCCUUACAUCACCAUGGGCAGCAUCAGUGAUUACAAGAAAAAUGCUAAGUCCCAGCUAUGGAUUUCGGGCCUCUACACUUCUGCUUACUGGUGUGGGCAGGCACUAGUGGACGUCAGCUUCUUCAUUUUAAUUCUCCUUUCAAUGUAUUUAAUUUUCUACAUAGAAAACAUGCAGUACCUGCUUAUUACAAGCCAAAUUGUGUUUGCUUUGGUUAUAGUUACUCUCGGUUAUGCAGCUUCUCUUGUCUUCUUGAUAUAUAUGAUAUCAUUUAUUUUUCGCAAAAGGAGAAAAAACAGUGCCCUUUGGUCAUUUUACUUCUUUUUUGCCUCCAUCAUCAUGUUUGUUACCACUUUAAUCAGUAAUUUUGACCUAAGUAUAUUGAUUACCACCAUGGUAUUGGUUCCUUCGUAUACCUUGCUUGGAUUUAAAACAUUUUUGGAAGUGAGAGACCAGCAGCACUACAGAGAAUCUCCAGAGGCAAAUUUCAAAUUGAGUGCCACUGAUUUUCUAGUUUGCUUCAUACCCUACUUUCAGACUUUGCUAUUCGUUUUUGUUCUAAGAUGUAUGGAACUAAAAUAUGGAAAGAAAAGAAUGCGAAAAGAUCCUGUUUUCAGAAUUUCCCCUCAAAGUAGAGAUGCUAAACCAAAUCCAGAAGAACCCAUAGAUGAAGAUGAAGAUGUUCAAGCAGAAAGAAUAAGAACAGCAACUGCUCUGACCACUUCAAUCUUCGACGAGAAACCUGUUAUACUUGCCAGCUGUCUACACAAAGAAUAUGCAGGCCAGAAGAAAAGUUGCUUUUCAAAGAGGAAGAAGAAAACAGCAGCAAGAAAUAUCUCUUUCUGUGUUCAACAAGGUGAAAUUUUCGGAUUGCUGGGACCCAACGGUGCUGGGAAAAGUUCGUCUAUUAGAAUGAUAUCUGGGAUCACAAAGCCAACUGCUGGAGAGGUGGAACUGAAAGGCGGCAGUUCAGUUUUGGGUCACCUGGGGUACUGCCCUCAGGAGAACGUGCUGUGGCCCGUGCUGACGGUGAGGGAGCACCUGGAGGUGUAUGCUGCUGUCAAGGGGCUCAGCAAAGCGGAUGCAAGGCUCGCCAUCGCAAGAUUAGUGAGUGCUUUCAAACUGCAUGAGCAGCUGAAUGUUCCUGUGCAGAAAUUAACAACAGGAACCAUGAGAAAGUUGUGUUUUGUGCUGAGCCUCCUGGGAAACUCACCUGUCUUGCUCCUGGAUGAACCAUCUACGGGCAUAGACCCCACAGGGCAGCAGCAAAUGUGGCAGGCAAUCCAGGCAGUCGUUAAAAACACAGAGAGGGGUGUCCUCCUGACCACCCAUAAUCUGGCUGAGGCAGAGGCCUUGUGUGACCGUGUGGCCAUCAUGGUGUCUGGAAGGCUUAGAUGCAUUGGCUCUAUCCAACACCUGAAAAACAAACUUGGCAAGGAUUACAUUCUAGAGCUGAAAGUGAAGGAACCUUCUCAAGUGACUCUGGUCCACACUGAGAUUCUGAAGCUUUUCCCACAGGCAGCAGGGCAGGAAAGGUAUUCCUCCUUGUUAACCUAUAAGCUGCCAGUGGCAGAUGUUUACCCUCUAUCGCAGGCCUUUCACAAAUUAGAGGCAGUGAAGCAUAACUUUAACCUGGAAGAAUACAGCCUCUCUCAGUGCACACUGGAGAAGGUAUUCUUAGAGCUUUCUAAAGAGCAGGAAGUGGGAAAUUUUGAUGAAGAAGUUGAUACAACAAUGAGAUGGAAACUCCUCCCUCAUUCAGAUGAACCUUAAAAUCUCAAACCUAGUAAUUUUUUGUUGAUGUCCUAUAAACUUAUGCUUUAUGUAAUAAUUAGUAGUACAUUUAAUUUUAAAGAUUAUUUAAAAUUAACAUCAGGUGUAUUUUGUAUAUUUAGUUAAUAAAUACAUAAAUUUAAAAAUUAUUCUUCCUCUCAAACAUAGGGGUGAUAGCAAACCUGUGAUAAAGGCAAUGCAAAAUAUUAGUAAAGCCACCCAAAGAGUCAGGCACUGAGUAUUGUGGAAAUCAAACUAUAUAAACAUAGAAUUUUUUAAAAAAUGACUUUUUUACCUUUUACUAAAAACAUUCUCUUGCUGAAAUAUGGGAAGGAUAUAUUCAGUAGCCAAGUUGCAUGACUACUUCACACCAGUUCGUGAUACAACAGGUAUACAGGUUUUCUUUUAUAAGCAAGUACAACUCAAGAGUCUUCUGAAAAUGUUCCAGAAAUUGCUUUAAAACUCACAAGUAGGGGGCCAGGCGCUGUGGCUCACGCCUGUAAUCCCAGCACUUUGGGAGGCCAAGGCAGGUGGAUCACGAGGUCAGGAGUUCAAGACCAGCCUGGCCAAUAUGGUGAAACCCCAUCUCUAAUAAAAAUACAAAAAUGAACCAGGCGUUGGCAUUUGCCUGUAGUCCCAGCUAUUCAGGAGGCUGAGGGAGGAGAAUUGCUUGAACCCAGGAGGCAGAGGUUGCAGUGAGCCAAGAUCAUGCCAGUGUACUCCAGCCUGGGUGACAGAGCGAGACUCUGUCUCAAAACAAAAAAAAACACCUCCCAAGUAUUGGGAGGUCCUUAGACAUACAAGUAGACAAGCACUCACAUUGCAAAAUAGUUCCAUGAUACCUUUUGAAGAUAAAGGGAGUCACAGUAGUAUUUGAACAAUAUUAACUUAUUGUUUUCAGGGGGUGCUAAUUUUCCUUGUCAUCUUUGAAUAGUUUUAUGGGAUUUGAUAUUAUUUUAAAAUCAUUUCUCCCUUAUAUAAGUGUAUGUGCAUGUAUGUAUAUCUAUAUAUUUUCCACAUAUCUUUUAUAUUAUUUAAUUUUAAAAUAUCUAUCAGUUUAACAUAUUACUUUAUUCUGUCCCUUAAAAAUAGCUAUUUAAUUCUGAAUAUCACCCCCCAAAAAUUCAAAGACCAAGCAGUAUUCCUUCUCUGAUUUUUUGGUGUUCACAUAUUGUACAAAAUGAUAAGGGGUUCAAUUCAACAAGAAGAGUUAAUUAUCCCAAAUAUAUAUGCAGCCAACAUUGGAGCACUCAGAUUCUUAAAACAAUGAUUUCUAGACCUAUGAAAAGACUUAGCGAGACAAACAAUAGUAGUAGGAAACUUCAACAUCCCAUUGACAGUGUUAAACUGACCAUUGAGGUAGAAAACUAACAAGAAAUUUUGGACUUCAAUUUGACACUUGACCAAUUGGACCUAAUAGACAUCUAGAGAACACUCCGCUGAUCACCACAGAAUAUACAUUCUUCUCAUCUGUACACAGAACAUACUCCAAGAUUGACCACAUGCUCAGACAUAAAACAAGUCUCAAUACAGUUUUAAAAGUUGAAAUCAUACCAACCAUACUCGCAGACACAGUGGAAUAAAAAUAGAAAGCAAUACCAAGCAGAUCUCCGCAAAUCAUGGAAUUACAUGGAAAUUUAAAAACUUUCUCCUGAAUGACUUUUGGGUAAAUGAUGAAAUCAAGGCAGAAAUAAAAAAAUCUUUUGAAAUAAAUGAAAGCAGAGAUACAACAUACCAAAAUCUCUGGAAUGCAGCAAAAGCAGUGAUAAGAGGGAAGUUUAUAGCACUAAAUACCUACCUUAAAAAGUUAGAAAGAUGUCAAAUUAACACUCUAACAUAACACCUUGUGGAACUAGAAGAACAAGAACAAAACCCCAAAACUAGCAGAAGAAAAGAAAUAACUAAAAUCAGUGCAGAACUAACAAAAUUGAGGCCCAAAAAUCCACACGAAGAAUAAAUGAAACCAAAAAUUGGUUUUUUGAAUGGAUAAACAAGAUCGAUAGACAACUAGCUAGACUAAAAAAGAAAAAAAAAAAAAAAAAAAAAAAAGA